AUCCAAUGCUGGAAAUGGAGACUGGGUUUUCAUUUCAUCAGAACUUCAAAGGAUCGCGUUUUAACUUCUUUAAACAGCAGCAACUUUGAUGAUAGAUUCUCAACUUCUUGAUUCUGAUCUAACUAAAGGAUUUGGAUGUUAAUUUUAUACGGUUUAAUGUUUGCAAAAACAAGACUCGGUUGGUGACGCUUUAAGUAACAAACAUUGUAAUCAUGGAAUUGAAGCAACUAAAGGGGCAAAACAGCAUGAGUGAGCAGGCAGAAGAUAGGAUCACUAAUUUACCCGAAUCACUUCUUCAUUAUGUCUUAUCUUUAUUAGAUAUCAAGGAGGUUGCUCGUACUAGCGUGUUAUCUAAAAGAUGGUACUGCAUAUGGAUCUCUGUCCCUACUCUUGAUUUUCGAAGCUUGAGUGAUCCUUUCCCUUCUACGCCGAGCAGAGAAUUGAGUGACCGGGAGAGUAUUAAAUUCAUGGAUAUGGUGGAUAGAAUAUUGCAUCUUCAUGAUAUGUCAAGUAUACAGAAGUUGUCUCUUCGUUGGAAUUACCCCUUGAAUGAAUCUCGGGUUUAUUUAUGGAUCUCCGCCGCAAUAAGGCGCAAUGUUGAAAAGCUUAGUCUCACCUUAAUCCAAAAUGCAAGCUUUUCUGCUCCUUUAUCUCUUUGUAACUGUGAAUCAUUGGUUACCUUAAAGCUAGAUAUCUACCCUUUUCUUUAUCUACCCAAAUAUAUGUCUUUUCCAAAACUCAAGCACUUAAAACUCUCUCGAGUCAUGUUUAGCGAUGAGUACAUCAAUGGGAAACUCUUUUCCAGUUGUCCAGUCCUUGAGAAUUUGACACUGGAGACAUGUGAAUGGUUAUAUAUAAAGAAAUUCUGUUUGUCAACUCCUUCAUUAAAAGUUUUGGAAAUUUGGAAUUUGGAUUAUUUCGGCAGGAACUAUGGUUUAGGAAACUGUUCUUUCGAGAUUCAUGCACCUCUAGUGUCUCUCACCUACUGGGGUGAUGUUCCAAAGGAAUUUGUCAUGUCUAACUUUUUAACACUAGCUGAAGUAGAUGUUCGCUUUGGCUUCGAAGAUAAAUGGACGGGGAAAAAGAUUGACCAGGGUGCCAACUUAAGUAAGUUUCUUCGAGCACUUUCGCAUGUUAAGUGUGUAACAAUUUCUGAUCGAGCCAUACAGGUUCUCUCGUUCACACACGAUCUCAAGAACAAUUUGCCUACGUUUCACAAUUUAACAAAGCUGAAUGUGACUCUUUCUGCAACCGAUUAUAAAGCACUGAUUGCUUUGCUGGAAUCAGCACCUAAUCUGGAGUCUGUUGCAUUUACCGCGUUAGCUCCUGGUGAAGACCAUAAUGCCAGUGAUGAUGAUGGCUGGGGACUUCAUUUGAUUAGUACCAGGUGUUUGUUUCUACACCUGAAAUCAGCUCGCUUUGAGGAAUUUUCCGGUCACCCUAGCGAAUUUAGGUGGGUGGAACUAAUUUUGAAACAAGCUGCAGCUCUGGAAACAAUUACUUUCCUUUUUCCUGAUUCAGAGACUGACGAGAAAGAACUCAUGGAGAAGUUAACAAGCCUUCCAAGAGCCUCGGCCAGUUGUGUGUUUAACUUCCCCUAAGAUGUGAUAGGGAUGCUUGUUUCUUGGAGUUAGAAAUUGAUGUGUGCUUUUCUCAGAUUCUGCAAUCUGAUGUCUAACUUUUGGUAUAUUCUGAAUAUUCAGUCAUAAUCAUAAUCUGUGGAGGAACAUUAAAACGCAUCAAGUGAGUAGUCACAAUGGUAAGAAGUCUCAACAUUGCAGCUGCAGAAUUUAAAACAAGGAACUGAACUUGUAAAACCAUAGAUGGGAAACAGAAACAAUCUGUCAUCUGUUUCAGAGUGUGUAAGAUCUUCAUAGGUAUCCUGUUCAAAACUUAUCUUAUUUGUGUCUUUGGCAUUUGAACAUCUCUGCAGCUUAAAGUACUAAUGUUGUUCGGCAA